AUGUGUGACAACGGGACCUGUGUGUGUCGGUAUGGAUAUACUGCUGUUAAUUCAACAUAUUGUCAACAAGGCAACGGCAUUGGGGUGACCUUAGGAGCUACUUUUGGUGGAUUCAUUCUUGGAGUAUUGUUCACUGUACUUGUAGUUUAUAUCCUUUACAGACGAUACAGCUCUGAUAUGAGAAAACGUGAAGAACCUGGAGUAGCGUUUGUUGGAAAUGAUGGUUGCAGUACAAAUUCAGCUGUUGAAGUUAUUCAGGGUCAAACGUUGAAAGACAAAGGAAGACAAGUACAGAGAAAAGUCGUCAAUGUUCCUCCAUAUGCUCCUUCAGUAGAAUCACCAACUUAUAGUAACGUUCAAGAAGCUGGAAAAUCACGAUUGAAAAAUGAUUACGUUUAUAAUCAUCUGAAUGAGAAAGAGGAAACCCCCGAAAAUAACGAUCACUAUGACGUUGCUCCAGGAACAUCACGCCUUGCUGAGACCGAAAGUGAUUACAGUCACCUAAAUGCAGGGAGGAGAAAUGACAGAGUUAUCUUAUCCCAAGAUGACGAAUAUGCUUGUACUGAAGAAUCAAAUACUGAUAACUAUUUCACACUUGAAAAGCAGUAAUAUGAAUGAAUCGUGAAAUAAAUACCUAUUUAAACAGGCUUGAAUUGAA